UAGGGGCUUCUGCCGGGCGACCUGUCACUGUAGUAGCUGCUGGGAUGGGGCGGCGGGGAGACCCCUGGCCGUGGCCCGGCGACGGAUCGGAGGCGCAGGAAGAGGCUAAUGGGUUAUAGUUUCUUUCCGCGAUCAUGUGGAUCUCUCCUUCCUGGCAGAAGACUGAUUUUUGAAAAUAUGUAUUUGGGAGACAGUCACGUCCUGUUGAAUACCUUGUGCUGGUGCUGCCAUCGAAAAAUCUGGUUACACUCUGGGGAGGACUGCUACCACUGCAGAACUGAACCACUUCGGCCGUGAGAUGAGUGUCCGGCCUGAGCAGGCACACCAUGAAUAGAUACACAACAAUCAGGCAGCUCGGCGAUGGAACCUACGGUUCCGUCCUGCUGGGAAGAAGCAUUGAGUCUGGGGAGCUGAUCGCUAUUAAAAA